AUGGAGGAGGGCGCGCAGGCCCUGGAGUGGGACAGUGACGAGACCGUGGUGGGGGGGUCGAUGACGGAGAGCGAGCCCGAGGAAGAGGAGCUGCCCUGGAGAAGGUUGCUCUGUGGUGAAGACACGUCACGUAGAGGUCUGCUCUCUCCUGAGAUUCCCCUUGGGUUCAAACACUGCAAGGAUCCACAGACACAAGUGAAUGAAAGCAUGCUGAUGCCCGUUCCUGGAGCGGUUUACACUCCACAGGAACUGAGUGAAGAAAGAGAUUUCCUGGAGAGGAGCUUCUUUUCCAGUGCUGCUACUAUGGUUCUGGGGGCUGAGAGGGAGUCAGUGGCAGAGCUGGAGGUGUCAGCGACAUCAGAUACACUUGCUGAGCUGGGCAAUGAAGUCGCACUGACUGCGGCUGGCGAGGAAACCUGCGAUGAAGAGAGCUCUCUGGAAACUUUUGUGUCUGCCUUAGAGAGACAGAUAUCCUCACCAGGAAAUGCCUUUGAGGAGAGACUGAGUGACAUGAAGAACAGCUCUGACCCAGGGAUGUUAAAGAACCUGCUGAGUCCUGUGCUGACACCUCUGGUUGCCAUGGUGGGGUGUGGAGGAGAUUUUGUGCCCAACACUGAGGAGUUAGCCUCACCAGCCAAGCUGCCAUUGACCCUGAGCCCAUUCUCAGGAGCUGGGGUGGGGCCCAUCUGUCCCAGCAAUGGGAAUGAGGCCUUGGAAAUGGAACCUGAAGCAGACUGCACACAGAUUGCAGGCAUGGCUUCCAAGCAAGGUUCUGAGUUAGCUGAUCUGCAGGACAGCCGGCUGUCAGCAGAGGAGACUCUGGAAGACCCAGAUUCGUUUGGAUUGCAGCGUUUUGCCCACCAGAAUGUCACCUCCUGUGAGCUGCUGAGUGAUAAGGGAACUCCAGCUUCGGUGGAAAACAGCUGUGAGGAGGAAACUGCACUUGUGCUGAGGAGAUCCUGCAGGCUGGGGAGGCGGAAAGGCAGUAUGAGCGCACAGCCCUCAGACGACGUUUUGCCAAAAGUGCUUGGAAGAAGAAAGAAAUAUGAUGUAACUCUUUCUAGCAUUAAUCGGAGAAAUGCUUUUGGGGAGAAUUUACUAUAUCAGGCUGUUCUACACAAUGAUGUGGAUCUUGUUCAUCAUUUUAUUAAAAAAGGUGCCAAUGUUAAUCAGCCAAGUUAUGCUGGUUGGACAGCACUCCAUGAAGCUAGUAUGGGAGGAUUUUACCAGAUGGCAUGUGAACUAUUAAAAGGUGGAGCUGAUGUCAAUAUCAGGGGAGCGUACCAGAUCACUCCUCUACAAGAUGCUGUGAUAAAUGGACAUUACAAGGUGGCAGAGCUGCUGUUGAUGAAUGGAGCCAACCCCUUACUUAUGAGUAACAAUGGCAAGUCAGCUUUAGAUGAGGCCAGUGAUAUACGCAUGAAGCAACUCCUGGAGAGAUACAUUUCUAGACGCAAGAGGUACCUUAUGUCAGCUAUCAACAGUGACUCUGAUCCAGUAGCCGUAGAGGACGUAUACCAGUGCAAGAGACCAAAAUUCAGUUGUAGAAGUUGUGAAAAUUUCAAUGGACAGAAGUCAGAAUGUGCAGAAGUCAAUAAAAGAAGUAAAAAGGAUUUAUAUAUAAAUGAAAAAGAUGUGUAUGCAAAUGACCACAAAUGGUUUGGUAAGCCCAAGUACAAGCAGUCAGCUUGCAACCAAGUGGACUGUGGAGGACUCAGGGACAGCACUCUUUCUAACGUCAAAGAUUCCAGCACAGACAGAUUUAAAGGCACAGGAAGAGAAGACAGUCAGUACGAAGGGACUCAGGUAGGGGCCAGGGAUUGCCGUCCAAGAAAGGCACUGUCUGUGUCUCAGUCCAGUGGAGUGCAGGGAUUGGUUACUCGCCAGCAACAUGAGUUCCAUGGCCAUGAAGACCCUGACAGCCCUGAGGACCCUAACAGCCAUGCGGGCCCUUUCUGCCUUCCGGAAGAGCUACCAGAACCUUCCAUUUCAGCAGCGUCACACCUGAAAACUGGCGUAGGUAGCAAUAUGGAAGCUGACUCCUUUUCAAAAGAGACACACACCCAGAACCUGGAUUUACCAAAUAGUCAAGAAACCCAGCUCUUGGAUUUAAGGUCCAUUGACCAAACUGUAGCUGUUUCUUUCUCAGCACUUGUACUAGAUAGAGAAAUUGAGCUACCAUUUGUUGAUAUAGAUCCACAGCCACCUGCUCACCAAGAGCAGCACAGUAGCCCUUCUCAGACUCAAGGAAAGGAGAACUCAGGUCACAGGAAUGCGAGCCUUAACAGGUGGGAAAGUUCCUUCUUAUCCUUUAUAAAGGGAACUUUUGAUGAUGGUGCUGGUGCUGUUGGCAGUGAUAACUGCAACUCAGAGAAGACUCUGAAGACAGCUGGAAACAAAUGUUCUACAGAUGGAAAAAGCCAGUAUACAUGUAAGACUAGAACAAAUAGAGAAGAAUUGGAUUUUCAACCACCUCUACCUUCUGCAGACAAUUUUUCACAGGGAAAUGAAUUAAACACAGACAGUCCAAUCACACUUCCAACACAGGAAGCUGUUGAUUUUUCUGAUUCAGAUAUUACAGUCAUUUCUGGGCAAUAUAUUGCAAAUCAUAGAAUUUCUCUUGAUCACUCAUACAACAAUCCUGAGCAAGAAUGCGCACCUUGUGUAGGAACAGAUGACGUUUCAGAGGUGGUCAGUCACGUGGAGCCAUUCCGAGAACCUCCAUACCACAGCCAAGGAACACCAGACCUUCUAACGAGUCAGGCAAUUACACUUGUGGAAAAGGUAGAAAACAAUCAGGAUGCUCAGAGAAAUCACACUGACAGUGGUCAAAAUGCAGGUUCUUCAAGUGGGCCUUUUUCUGGAGUCAUUUCUUCUCAAGUAAUAGGAACAACUGAAGUUGAAAGAACGAGACCAGGUCUUCUAGAAAAUGAGACCAUAUGUGGUACAGAUUUCCAUUCAAAUGACGAUGUGAAUGAAGAAUUGACUCAUGUCCCGCAACUUAGCCCAAGAGAACAGAAGGAAAAUUUUCACAUACCAGGUGGGAAAUUAACUAAUAAUGGAGAUGAAAGUGUCAUAAAAAAUUGUAAGAAGAAAAAGGAAAAAGCCAAUUCAGAAACACACAUGCCUACCAAUAGCCGGGAGCAUAGGAAACUUAAGAAUUCCAGAACAAGACAAAAAUUUUUGAAAAUUACCUGCAACCAAGAAAAGAAAGCAUCUGUGAUCAAUAAGAGGAAUGCGCGAGGGGAGAGUCGGCUGCAUGCGGCUGCCAAGAGGGGGAACGUGUCCCUGGUGAAAGCUCUCAUCAACUCUGGAGCAGAUGUGAAUCUACAAGACUAUGCAGGUUGGACACCACUUCAUGAGGCAUCAAAUACAGGGUGCAGUGAUGUAAUUACUGAGUUGUUAAAUGCUGGUGCUCAUGUUAAUUGUGGAAAUAUGGAUGGAAUUCUGCCCUUACACGAUGCUGUUGCAAACAAUCACUUAAAGGCUGCUGAGAUUCUACUGCAACACGGAGCAGACCCGAAUCAGAAACAUCAGCAGCAGAAGACAGCUUUAGAUGAAGUGCAAGAUGAAAGAAUGAGAGAGCUGCUGAAAGCGUAUGGUGCUGUUGAGUCCGAGAGUAGAAAUGAGAGCAAUGUAGCAAGCACAGCAAAAACCCCUAGUAUUCGAUCAAGAAAGAAUAAAGCCUGUUUCUGUGAUGACCACACUGUUGACCCGCCUUGCCCUGCAAACCAAGGAGAAUCCAGGGAAAAUCUUCCAUUGCAACAGACUGUCAGCGCCAUUCUACAAGACAUCAAGGAGAAACAAGCAAUGUUACUGGAGUUUGAAAUCAGAAACCGUGACGAUGCAGAACAAUACAUCGAGAAGAUGCUGGAGAUCAAAGAGGUUAUGGAUAAUGUGCUUGCAAAACAGAAAGCAGAAAGAGAUGAUCUUGCUAAAAAAUACAGGGUAUCCAUAGAGUCAUUUAAGCAGGGAGUUCUGAGAGAACAGCUGACCAACUUGGCCACGAGACAGAAGGACCUCUUAGCUGUGGCCAAAAAACAGAAGGAAAUAAGCCUGAAAAUUCAAAACUGUAAGAACAGUGCCUUGCUGCCUGGUUUUGCUGUAAGGAAACCGACCUCAAAAAUCUCCAGUGAGGGGGAUCUCCAGCAGCUUACCAGUCUGGAAAAUUCUGUGUGGCCCCAGUCAGCUGCCCCCUGUCCUGAUACCCUUGAAACUUGGAGUGACAGCCAGAACACCAGUUUGUGUGCAGAGGUGGAGGUGAUGAGCAGAGAAAACGUAUUUGAAAACAAGGCAAAUGCUGAGCAGUUUUCCAGUGACCGAGUUUUGGAUGGGUUAGCGAAGUCCAGAUAUCCUGACAGCACUGAGAAGACUAAGCCAUCGUCCCAACCUGCUGCUACUGCAGAUGUGGAAUCUUCACACAGAGAGAACAAUUCCACAGAGACUGCAGCUGAUGGGCGUGGACGCUGCAGGCCUUCUGCAGAACCCACAGAUGUCUGUCUGCUCACUGCCACAUCAGGUGAAGACCUUUCUGUUGACAGUCUGCAGCAACAAAACAGGAAAGUUGCCUCCCAGCAGCACCCUAGAAUGGUCCCCAAGUACCCUGUGCACCAGGGUGCUGUCCUCUCAGGCAGCCAUGCUGUGCACCCAGUAGGUCCAUCUGGUAAACCACCACUUGCAACUCCACAUAGCCAUGCCUCCUCUUCUGGAGCUGGUCAACAGGAAGUCGUCAGAAAGCCAUUCCAUCACAGCACAACUCCCAAAAAGAAAUGUAUGCAGAUAAAAGACCUGAUGUCUCUAGGAAGGAUUCAUCCAGGGGUUAACAUUCUGGAAUUCAAAACACAGGAGACUACCCACAAAGCCAGCAUUUUAGUGAAUGGUAAAAUUAAAGUUGAAAGUGGUCAGAUUUAUCAAAACCCCGUUAGCUGGAUCAAGGAUCUUGUGGGAGGUGACAGUUAUGUGACCUGGAAUUACGUUUGGAGCAAGGUUACAUAUCUGGGGAAGCAGCUUCUGAAGUAUGCUUCUGAAGAAGUACCUUCGCCUCCAAGCCCACGCCACCCACACCUGCCAGAUGUGUCUGGCUUAGGUAGCCCAGCCCAGAAACCAAAUAUGCUUGAGUUUAAAAGGGCCAAGUUUGGGCAGUGAACUUCUGGAGAGUCAACGCAAAGCAUACCAUGUUAUCUACAAAUAAAUGAAAUAUUGUUAAUCAGUGACCAAGAAUUUCUCCCAUGCAAUGUAAUGAAUCAGCAUUGGAAGUUCUAUGCUGAGUGUGAGGAACUGACAUUUUAAGCCUGUCUUCUUAGGCAUUUAUUAAGUAUCUGUUCAUAUUAUCAUCCAACAUUUGUAUUUUAUCUGAUGUGGCUGCUGGGCAUAUUUUAGCAUAGCUAUGUGAUGAUGUGUGUUUACUGUUUAAGGCUUUUUUCUUGCUGAAAUAAAGAUUUUUGAAUGCUCUUGUUAACCCUCACAGACUGCAAGCCAACCUCUCGGUCAGGAGCUUUGUGGGUAGCCAGGAUAGUUACCAUCCAUCUGUGGAGAGGCUCAGGAAAAUCACGUCAAACAAGAACUGAAGGCUGGGUACUUCCUGAAACAAAAAUGUGAUUUUAGUUUCCUACACUUGCUGUGAGUAAGACUGCAGCUCAGUGUUGAUGUGGGAGUGGAUUCUGUGCAGUUAGGUUACCUCGUUGUGAACUGCUGCCUAUGAAGAGAUGCAUCCAAAGCUUCAUCCGUUUCUCCAGGCAAAUCUUUUCAGACUUUGAUAAGCAAGUUAAACUUCACACAUAUUAAAUUACCUCAGUCUCCCAGACGCAAAGAUUCUUGAACAAGUUCCUGGAAAGAUGGGAUUAAAGGGUCAUUUCAGCCGUGGGUGUGGUGGCUCAGCAGUAUUACAACACUGUUGGGUCCUAUCUCCACUCUGACCCAGGCCCCUGCUGACAAGCACCCUGAGAGCUUUGGGUGGAGUUUCAGUUUCCUGGCUUCAGCCUGGCUCGGAUCCAGCAUUGGCAUUUGAGGACUGAAACAACUAAGAGAAGAUACUUCUGUCUGUCUCUCUCUGUUGCUGUAAUAAUAAAAAAAUAAAAUCAUUUUAUUUUUAUUCAAAGAUUUUCUGAAAUCUAUGCAUACAGUGGUCUUCAGAAUUUUCCUGGAAAUUGAGUAUUUGCAAAAGAACUAUAUACAUGGAUUUCAAAAUUUCUUUGCACCAAAAUAAAUGUGUCUUUGUGUUCCAUCCUUCUAUAACCUUUUUAAAGUCCUGUGGUAAGCCUUUCCACUCCAGGGUC